AAGCCAGGAAGUCGAAGAAGAAGAAGAAAGAACGAACAAACGACAAAAUGGUGUAUCGAAAUUCCUCAUCUUCUUCUAUAUCUCCACUCAGAAUCCAAGUUCUGUUAGUAUUGUCUUUGCUGUUCUCUCCCUUAGUUCUCGCCAAGUCCCGUCGCCCAAUCACCGACAUUGAGACAAGGCAGAAGAAGACCCAAUGCUAUGCUGAUAUUGAGAGUGGCUUGUGGGGCUGGCAAUGCAAGUCAUCUAUAAUAGCAAAGGAAAACUGUGUUUUGAAGUGCCUCUCGCCGACUUGUUAUGAGGUCGUCUAUGAGAGUGAUCCGCUUGAAGAAGGAGAGAAAGAUCUUAUCAGGGGACAAGAAUUCAAGUACUGUAUGCAUAAUUUGGCUAGAAAUGCACCCUCUCUGGAAGCCCAAGCAGCCAUGGGCAGUUGGAAAUUAAGGCAUUCUUGGCUCAUGGUUAUCUUUGGGGGAGAGCGUAGAGGGUAUUAAGGGCUCCUUUAAUUAUUAGAAGUGUGUUCACAGUAUCGCCUAAAGGUAUAUCAACCCUUGAUUCUCCUAAAAUCAAUUGGUUAAUUUCACCGCCUUGGUGUUUGCAUUGGAAAUGAUAUCAGACACAAAGCUGAAGUUCAAAUCGAGGGUGUCCAGGGUAAAUUUUGAUUGGAAACAAUUUACCAAAAGAAAUACCAUUUAAACAGUUCCAUUCGUUAUCUACUUGGAUGUUAGGAGGUAAACGAUAUUGAUCAAGUUGUUGCCUGGCUUAAGAAAUUCUGAUCAAUUGUGUGUUGGCAAAUUAUGGAGCUGGAAUCUUUUUCUUUCUUUUAUAUUCGUGGAAGUAGUCAUCCAUCCUCUAUUUAACAUGUAAUUUCUCAAUAGAGAAAAGAGUUGAUGGAGAUGAAAUGAAUCAACCUCUGAUAAUAAAGCUAGUUUGCAGCUCUCUUCUCAGAAA